GCCAUGAGCCGCCGGGUGAUCGCACUCACACCGUAUACACUGGCUCUCCUGCUCCUCCCGCUGGAUCUCUCCUCUGGUUCAGACAUUGUACGGGUCGCGGUGGGUUCAGACCUAUCUCUGUGCGGGAUGACGUGCGUCACGGGGGGAUACGCUAUUCUUGAUUGUUCCCCGAAACCAGAACCGAUCCUGGAAUACAACUGUGAUAACAGUUAUUGGAAGCCGUUCAGUAAUUACCGGCACAGGGUUGAUCUCGAUGUAUCCAGUGGAUGCGCAACAAUCAGAAAUUCUCAGAAAAGCGACAUUGGACGAUAUAUGUGGGUACUGAUGGAUAAAGACCGUACAGAAAGUGUGAACCAAUAUACAAGAUACAGCAUUAUGGAUAAAGUCUCCAUCACCAGCCUUAGCUCCAGUCUCAGUAACUCGGGGCUGACCACAUCUCUGCGAGUUCAGUUUACUGGGGAGAUGGAACACACAGUCACCUGGACCCGAGAUGGAGGAGACCUGCCCGAGGGCCACCAGCUGAGUGAAUUUAAUGACACCCUCACUGUACGGAGCACGGACUAUGGGACAUACAGAGUGACUGUUACUAACUCAGUGAGUGAGGACCACGCUCAGCUCACACUCACAGCUGAACCAGCUCCUGUCUCAGGAAGAUUCAGAGUCUCCUGGAUCGCUGUCAGUGUCAUGGCUGCUGCUAUCUGUGCUGUGCUCCUGGGGGUAUUUAUUAAACGGAAGAUGCUGAAUCCAUAUAUUAAACCCCAGUGUGAGGAUAUUGUUACAGCUCAUCGUACAGAGCGCGUGGAACUCCGAGAAUCCGUCUAAUCCUGCACGAAGUAUUAUAUAAAUGUGAGAAAACAUAAAGAUUGGGCGUGAAAAUGGCAUUAACAGUAAAAUAUAAAAUAAUACAUUCUCAGGGA